GCAGCUUCGAGGUGCGGAGCAAUUCCUUGGUUGCAUGUUCUACACGGACACUUUAUAAGGUCGCACCCGCCAAAGAACUCUGUAGCUGCUGCUGUGUAGUUGCUGACUCUGGCUUCGGCGAUUCGUUUAGAAUAUCUUCUUCAUCUGUUUCUUUUCAACACCGUCGAACAUCUUAAGAAGUGACAAUGACCGACCGCUACAACAUCCACAGUCAGCUGGAGCAUCUGCAGUCCAAGUACAUCGGGACGGGUCACGCAGACACCAGCAAGUGGGAGUGGUUGGUGAACCAGCACAGGGACUCCUACUGCUCCUACAUGGGACACUUUGAUCUGCUCAACUACUUCUCCAUCGCUGAGAACGAGAGCAAGGCGCGGGUCCGCUUCAAUCUGAUGGAGAAGAUGCUGCAGCCAUGCGGUCCGCCGACAGACAAGCCAGACGAUGCUUAGAAGAAUACAUUUGGACAACAACAUAAUUUCGGUGAAAUUAUUCCAUCUACUGUUUGUGUAUUGGACUGAGGCGACGUCAAGGGAAAAUCCAUAAACAUCCAUCUGGAUCCGGUCUCUAGGAUGUAGUUGGUGUGUUGAAAAUAUGACGUGGAUGUGAUGGGAGAGGUUCAGACUAUGCAAACAAAAUGAUGGUAAUAGGUUUUCUUUCAUCACAUACAAAUAAGACAACUUUUUAUUUUAUUUUGUGUUUUCAUGUUUUAUAUUCAAAUGUAACGUUUUUCAUUGAACAUGAUUUGUCUCCGGAUGAAAUGUGGCAACCUUUUACAUUGGCCAUUGGUAUCCCUGUACUUAAUUUGGUCAUAUUUAUAAAUAAACAAUUAAAAAUAC